UGGCAGUUCACUACAAGACAGGGACACGGAAAAAUAAGACAAAGGCAAGAAACGCGCACCGACUCAUAUCUGCUUCUAUUUCCAAACUUCCAAACUCAAACUCUUGUUGGUGCUUCUUCCUUCGCAUGCAACAAAGUUAAGCAACGAUUUACUGUUCGUGUACCCAGCAUUCAUUCAGAAAAUGGGUGUAGUAAUAAGACAAGUGUGGCUUGACUUUAUUUCGGAGGCCUCCAGAGGCAGCCCUAAUUGAAGCGGAUUUCCCCCCACGGCCUGGAAAAGAAGGACGGGACAGGUAGCAAGUAGCAAGAGCUACCCAGCCGCACCCCAACCGCUCAAGGAGCCGAACAUGCCUUUUGUCGUACAGAUCGGCCGGGCCAGGUAGAAGCCAACUCCUUACAGCUUCUUAGAUUAACUGGAAUGCUAGUCAUUUUCAGUCCACAUGUGGAUGACCGGACCUCCCUCAUCUCGUCGCCCGGAAACAUUUUCCUCAUCACGGUUCACGUAAGAGGCACCACGUGGAUGCAAGAAAUUGUGACCCUUAUAUCCAGCAGAGGUGACCCACAUCUAUCCCAGACUAUUCCAAACUGGACCCGAGCUCCCUGGUUGGAGCAAUAUUACUGUGCAGAUUUGUUGAAGACCUCAACCUCAACACCUCGAGUUCUUACCACACAUCUGCCCCAUCACCUGCUGGGCCGCGCCCUCCAGGGCACCAAAGCCAGGAUCAUUUAUGUGAGCAGAAACCCUAAAGAUGUUCUGGUGUCCUUUUAUCACUUCCACAAGAUGGCAAACUUCCUCCCUGAUGCUGGCUCCUUUCCAGAGUUUUUAAACCAGUUUCUGCAGGGAACAUUGCACUUUGGUUCCUGGUUUGACCAUGUUAGGGGCUGGACCAAUCAGGCUGCAGCUCUCAGUCUGCUUCAUGUCAGCUAUGAAGAGAUGUCAAUGAACCUGCAUGGGGCCAUAAACAGGGUCAGCUCUUUCCUGCAGCGCCCUCUCUUGGAGCAUGAGCUCAAUGACUGUGUAAAACACUGCAGCUUCAGCUGCAUGAAGGACAACAAGAUGAUCAACUACACCCUUAUACCUGAUGAGAUACUGGAUCACAGCAAAGGUUGCUUCAUGAGGAAAGGUGAGAUUGGAGACUGGAAAACCAUGUUCACAGAGGAGCAGAAUCAAUACUUUGACAGCGUGUUCAAAUCCUGGAUGCAGGACUGCACUUUGAAGUUUGUGUGGGAAAAAACAGAAAAAGAAGAGUUGAAAGUGUUGAAAGAAUGAAUAUCCAGGAAAAAAAAAAGAUUUGUAAAAACUGUAUGACAGAUGGUGUCAUCAUGUCUGAGGUGGAUCUUGACACCCGAUUUGUAAAUCUUUCUAGCGUUCAUUAAAUCCAGGAAUUUUUAAAGGUUAUAUUCAGGGAUAAUCUUUAUGAUACCCUUUGUAAUGUAAAAAAUGUAAUUGCUUUUGUGCUUCUGAGUUGAUGACCAAGUUUGAAAUGACAAUGGCUUCCACCUUUGUGUCUGCCCCAUCCUACUCUCUUCCUGUCCCUGGAAACCCUGCUGGUCCAACAAACAAUUUGUUGCAGAGGAGCCGAGAUGUCUGCAUGAAAGUCAGGUUGACUCUCACCUCUGCUUUUUCCUAGAAGGGGGUGCCAGGUCACAUGGGGUUUUUCCAAACUUAUAUAAGGAGGGGUCAGCCUUUGUCUCAUUCGGAUUUUGGUCUCGGCUCUGCUCUGUAACACGUCUGAUGCUGUAAGACCUGUCACCCUUAAGGCUAAAUUAAUAAAGCUGACUGAAUGGUUA